AUGGGCUGUAGUUGCCAGGCGGUCACAUUUGCAUACACUUUAAUGGAGUCUGAUGCAGCAAGCCCUUUAUGUUGGGGCGACAUUAGCCUUCUUGCCUGGACCCGACAGGACGGUGCAAGAGGCUGGUUCAUUUGGGCGUUGUUACAACUCCAACUGAAGCCUCACACAAAUUUACAUAAAAAUGUAUGGUCACUCACAUUUAUUCGCCCAGUCCAGCAGAUCGGCCGUCUUCCCACAUUCAUUCUCGCAAUCGAACGGCCAACUCGGCACAAAGAUGCCAUCAACACACGCAUACAUGCACAUAAAUGCACACAUAAACACACAAAUAUACAGGUCGAGACGGUGAGGUGUGGCGGAGUUGUGAAUUUCAAAGACCACGUACCAUUUUGUGCGUGUGGGGAGAGGAGACAAUUGAAGACCUCGUGGAUGGAACAUGUUAAUGGAGGUGUGCUUGAGGUCGGACGAAGCCGAGAACCGAGAACCGAGGCCCGAGGCCCUAGGACCGAGUGGGAGUCGAGUCUGCGAAGGCUGGAGGACCGACUGUAUCGUCGUGACCUUUGCAUGUCGACUGUCCCCCCCUUCACGAGGCCGACUGCUUUGCAUAAUGUCCCAUGUCCACGCCAGCCGAGGCUCAAGCCUCUUCCUCUUCCUCCUCCUCUUGCUACAACACUUGCCCACUUUCAUCAUCUUCUCGACAGCCUCAUUUUCCGUCUCUUGUUCGCUUCGAAAGCAUCUCUUUAA